CUUCCGGCCGUCCCACUGCCCCCAUGAUGACCGCCAAGGCAGUAGACAAGAUCCCGGUGACCCUCGGUGGGUUCGUGCACCAGCUACCCGAGGGCAUUUACCCCGCGGAUGACAUCUCCGCCGCGCUGCCAACUUCGGUCGCGAUCUUCUCCAAUGCCGACCUGGCAGGGCCGUUCGACCAGAUGAGCGGUGUGGCAGCAGACGGCAUGAUCAAUGUGGACAUGGGCGACAAGCGGGCCCUGGACCUGCCCUACGGUGGCGGCUUCGCGCCCAACGCCCCGGCUUCCCGCAAUCAGACCUUCACCUACAUGGGCAAAUUCUCCAUCGAUCCGCAGUACCCUGGCGCCGGUUGCUACCCCGAGGGCAUCAUCAACAUCGUGAGCGCGGGGAUCCUGCAGGGGGUCAGCACACCCUCCUCCACCACCUCCUCCUCCGCCUCCUCCGCAGCCUCCUCGGCCACCGCCGCCUCCGCCACCUCCCCCAACCCGCUGGCCGGGGCCCUCGGCUGCACCAUGGCACAGGGCCAGCCAGCUGACCUGGAGCAUCUCUACUCGCCGCCGCCCUACUCGGGCUGCGGUGAUCUGUACCCGCAAGACCCCUCCUCGGCUUUCCUGCCCGCCGCCGGCGGCGGGGCACUGCCUUUUCCCCCGCCGCCCUCCUACCCCUCACCGAAGACGGCGACGGCCGACGGCGGGCUCUUCACCAUGAUCCCCGAGUACGGCGGCUUCUUCCCGCCGCCUCAAUGCCAGCGGGAGCUCCACGCCGGCCCCGACCGCAAGCCCUUCCCCUGUCCCCUCGACUCGCUCCGCGUCCCGCCGCCCCUCACGCCGCUUUCCACCAUCCGCAACUUCACGAUGGGGGCGCCUCCGGCGGGCGCCGCCUCCGGCAGCGCUCCCGGCAGCGGCAGCGGCGGGGGCGAGGGUGCGGGCGCCAGGGGGGGGGGGGGGGGGGGGGGGGGGGGGGGGGUGCCGCUGCGGCCCAUUCUGCGGCCUCGCAAGUACCCCAACCGGCCCAGCAAGACGCCGGUCCACGAGCGGCCCUACCCGUGCCCCGCCGAGGGUUGUGACCGCCGCUUCUCCCGCUCCGACGAGCUCACCCGGCACAUCCGCAUCCACACGGGCCACAAGCCCUUCCAGUGCCGUAUCUGCAUGCGGAACUUCAGCCGCAGCGACCACCUCACUACCCACAUCCGCACGCACACCGGCGAGAAACCCUUCGCCUGCGACUUCUGCGGCAGGAAGUUCGCCCGCUCCGACGAGAGGAAGCGGCACACCAAGAUUCACCUGCGCCAGAAGGAACGGAAAGGAGCCGCCGCCGCCGCGGGGAGCCCCGUCUCCCGUCUGCAUGUGGGGGGUGCCUUACCGAUCCGCUCCGACGACAGCGGCGACACCGAGACCGGAAAGUUCCCUGGCCUGAUCCAGGGAGGGGGUGUCGUCCCCGACCCGCGCCAGGUCCCUGCGGCGGAGGGCUGCGUGGCAGCCUUGCCCAGAUCCGAUGGGCGCACCGCACCGCCCCGCAAAGCCUCGGCGUGGAAAACCUGCGGCCUCGGCCCCAGUGUACAAACACUCGCUUUUGGGCGCGGGAAUUUCCCUCAGAAACGAGAGACGGAUAAUAUUAACGAGGGAGCGGGGUGGGAUGUUAUCCCGGCCUCGGCCCACCCUCGGAUCCUGCCGUCGGCGCAGGGCCGUAAGCGCCCUGCGGGCUUGCCCCUCUGCCACACAGAUCCCCGGUGCGGCCUGCACUGCCGAAGUGAGCGCCGCUAA